AUGACAAAUAUGCUUAAUAUCCUUGCAGCCAGCUGCUUGCUGUUGGCUCUUUUGGGCCUACAGCCUGCCAGUACGGCCAUACAUAAACGCAGCGGUGCCAGUGCCCCUAACUCGUUACCUUCUGGCCAUGAGACAGCGAGAACAGGGACAACAACAACAACAACAUCAACUAAAAGUAACAUGGAUGUCAAUCCUGCGGCUAGUGUGGUGAACACGGACUUAAUGGAUAAACUAAGCUGGAAGUGUGCCAAUAAUGCAAGUUGUCUGCAUGGCUUGGCUAAUGGCAUCAUAGCCUCAUAUCGUCGAGGCGAGACCAUUAAGCUGGGACUCUUCGAUCUGGUCAAGCUGCCAGCUCUUGACGAGGCCCACAAACAUAAACAAUGGGGCACUGGGCGUGGCCUGUCGAGCUUUAUGGACUUUGUUACUGGCAAUGCGAUUCGCGUCCCUGUUGGCCCCAUGGUGUUCAGUGUGCAGCGAGCCGAGGAUGACAGCGACUACAUUGAGGUGGCGCUGCUGAAAAAGACGUCAAGUGGGACAGGACGUCUGCAGGGCAAUGGCGGAGGCCUUCUAGGUGGUGGAGGCGGCGGCGGAGGAGGAGGAGGCCUAUUGGGCGGUGGAGGCGGUGGUUUGGGUGACAGCAGUGGAGGCGGUGGACUCCUAGGCGGACGACGACGACAUCAGCAUCAGGAGAAGAAACAGUUCCAAAUGUACAUACCCAUGUAUCUGGCAGCCACAACAUUCGGUUGGACAAUGGUGGCAGCAAAAGCUGUGGGAUUGUUGACUCUAAAAGCUUUGAUUCUAUCGAAAAUUGCCUUUGUGGUGGCUGCCAUAGUCUUGAUUAAGAAACUCAUGGACAAUGCCAGCGAAAAAAUGAUGUAUCAGUUCCCGGAGCAAACACCCUACAUGAUGCCCUAUGGAAUGGAUUACCCCAUGCAUGGAGCUGAAUUGUCUCCUGAUAUGUAUCCAGCUUCAUUGCAUCAUCUGGCCAUGGCAGGAGGCGGUCAAUUACCCGGACAUCCUGGCCAUCCUGGACUCGAGAGCCUCACAGCAGAAAGUCACUUGCAUUCCCAGGUAGCUGGCGAUGGCAGCAACAACACCAACACCCAAGUGCUGGCUGCCCUUAGCGGUCUUGGGGGCUUAGGACACAAAAUCAAACGUGAGGACUCGUGGAUGGCAAAGACCACUCCGGCACGAAGACCCCUGAUUUAUAACUAUGUGCAGCCGCAAGCCCAUAUGCCCUUCUAUCGUUCUUGAGAUGGAAGUGACGCUUAGCCAAUUAUUGCAGCUGGUGGCCUGACGCCCCCGCUACCCGCUACCAAAGACCGCUGAAAGUUGAGGAGCUGAGGUUGUAGACGGCUGCCAUAUGAUACGUAUUUGACAUCUGUUGGAGUGCUGAAUCCUGAU